GCCGCCAUCGCUUCAGUCCUGCGCUUUUCCCGCCAGUGAUGAUGGCAAUACGGAGGCUCAAGUCCCUGUCGGGUAGAGUCGCAACCGAGUCAGCAUGAGGAGGCGCCCCCAAAGGGGCGGCUUUUCUCAGCCAUUCUGGUUGCCGCUGGUCGUAGCCCGAAACUACCAGGCAAGCCGGGCGGGAUCCAGAUUCCCUCGUACACUUUAAGUAAAACACGAGGUGGCCGAACACGGGGGCAGCCCUUCAUGCCCCAGCAGCCAAUUCACUUGGAAACCGGGCACCUUUGCCGUCUUCGGAAGCCUAAAGGAGAGCUUCCUUUGUGCCCCUUCCUCCCUGUAAGCCCUGAUCCGAUGAGUGAGCCCCCUCCCCAACUCUAGUCUCGCUUGGGAAGGAGAAGAAAAAAACAAAAUAAAACAGGCAGUAUCUCAGCCGUGUUACACAACAUAAGAAGUAAAAUACAAUGUCAACUUUAAAACCUAAAUUAGAAGGCUCUGUUCGAACUGAGGUAACCAAGGAGUCUGAAGUUUCUCUUGAUGAUGGUGUUGAAGAAGUUUCUGAUUCAAACUCAUGGACAAACAGGAUGAAAAAAAAGAUAUCUCCAUGUGUGAUGUCUUUUGGAUUCAGAUUUUUUGGUGUGGUGCUUAUUUUUGUGGAUGUUUCACUUGUGAUUCUUUCUCUGUUUAUUGAUGAAGAACGUGAAACUGUUGAAUCCAUGAUUGGAAACCUCUCUUUGAGCAUAGCGCUAUUUUUCUUCGUAGAUGUACUCCUGCGAGUGUUUAUUGAAGGAUUCAAAAACUACUUCAAAUCUAAAUUAAACCUUCUAGAUAGCAUCAUUGUUGUGGGUACAUUGUUGGUCGAUAUUAUAUGUAUUUCCUCUGACUUAGGUGGAAUAACUGUAUAUCCAAGAGCAGUUGUCGUUUUUCGAAUGUUGAGAAUUAUAAUUCUGGUAAGAAUUUUUCGAUUGGCUGCUGAGGCAGAACGACUUGAAAAAGUGACUCGGAGGAUGGUCUCAGAAAAUAAAAGGCGUUACACAAGAGGUGGCUUUGACUUGGAUCUCACGUAUGUCACUGCUCGUGUUAUAGCAAUGUCGUUUCCAUCUUCUGGGCAGCAAGCUUUCUACAGGAAUCCUAUAUGGGAAGUUGCAAAGUUCUUGGAUACAAAACAUGAAGACCACUACAAAGUCUACAAUCUUUGUAGUGAGCAAGGCUAUGACCCAGAGAUUUUCCAUUAUAGAGUGGAGCGGAUGUUUAUUGAUGACCACAGUGUUCCCACUCUAGCGGAGACUCUCACAUUCACUGCCAAUGUGAGGCAGUGGAUGGAACAGGACAGCCACAAUGUUGUAGCAAUACACUGUAAAGGUGGGAAAGGUAGGACUGGAACUAUGAUUUGCAUCUGGCUUAUUGACACCGGCCAGUUUAAGACUGCACAGGAAAGUUUGGAGUACUUUGGCAAACGAAGAACUGAUGAAACUACUAGCACCAAGUUUCAGGGUGUUGAAACUCCAUCACAGAGUAGGUAUGUAGAAUAUUAUACAAUCUUGAAAUCGAAAUACAACCUGAGCCUCCCACCAGAGAAGCCUUUCAGAAUCAGAUGCAUAAAAGUCUAUGCUAUCCAAGGAGUUGGUAAAGGCAAUGGGACUGAUUUCAGAAUAAAGAUAUUUAUGAAGAAGGAAGUAGCAUUUCAAUGCAAUUGUGCAACACAAACAAACUGCAAGUUGUUCCUUGAUCAUGAAAAUGACCUGUUAGUAAUUGGUUUGAAGAACUGUCCUGUCAUCAGAAAUGAUGUGAAAGUCAGAUUUGAAGCUACUUCUGAUAUUCCAAAAGGCUAUGAUGGCUGUGCUUUCUUUUUUUGUUUCCACACAGCUUUUGUACAGGACUAUCAUCUUUUCUUCACAAGAAAUGAAAUCGAUAACUUACACAAGCCAAAGAUGUGGAAGAUGUUCAGAGAUAAUUUUGCUGUGGAGAUAGUUUUCACUGACCCAUGACUGAAGCAAGCAGAAACAGCCUUAACUGGGAAUUGCAUAAUAAUUCACUAACCUGGUUUUGCACCCAAUAUGGAAUUGUAUUUUGAGACAACUUCUCAGUGUGCAGAAUCACCUUGCAUGUAAAAAUAAAACUAAGGCCUAGUGCGCUAUCAUGAUUACAACAAUUAAUUUUGCCAUCUGGAUUGUGUGUAAGACAAUUACAGGGUCUUCCAAGAGUUUUACUACUCUCCUCUGUUCCCACCCCUCUUUGUAAACUCAGUAGCAAGUUUACAAGUUCUUCAUCAUCUUAUUCUGUUCUUUUAAAAAUCUUUUAAAAAUGACUGAGUUAUUGGCCAGUUUCCAACAGCAGUUUAUGACUGGGAGUCUGGAGAUCAGAUUUAACUAUAUUGUGAUGGCUUCUAAUGCCAGAUUCAUCAGAUUUAUGUGUGAGCCAUGAUGUCCCAAUGUUUGAGAUCAAAGAUUUUACCUGCUUUCCCCUCCCCCUCAAUGGCUGGAGUUUAUGAUAUGUAAUGAUGAUGGCUCCUUCACCAUAGAUAGUGCAUGUAAGUGAUUACAUUACCUCCCCAAAUUUUACCUUAUAAAUAACCUUUCAUGGUUUUUUUUGGCAAGCAAGAAAUUCUACCUAUUGAUCUAGUUACAGUAUAAUAUUUGUUCAUGAAUUCCAGUUCAGCAGCUUUAUACCCAAUUGGGCUUAUUAUCAGGGGAUGUCUUAUUUUCAGGGAAACAGGGUAUUAGUUCCACAUUGAUGUUUUGUCAUUUCAUAUAUAUUAUCCCUUUAAGUUUGCAGCACAAUAUCCUGAAGGGAUGAAAUGCUUUCCCCUUAUGCUUCUUCUAGGUUUAAUGUAUGAUUUAUAUAAUUUUAUGAUUUAAUUUAAACGAUGUCCAACAUUGGAAUAGAUAAUAUGAAAUCAAUUUUUGAUUAAAAUUGGUAGUUGGGAGCAUAGUGCAAAUGGUAUAUCAGCAUCAGGAAAUUGUACAGUAUGGUAAUGAUUUUGUGUAAUAUGUAAGGACAGGUUUAACAAAUAAUAUCCACAAAAAUAAUACGCUGUAUUUUUAUUCUGAAAUGUUGUCAGUCCUUCUAAUCACCUGUAUGCAAACCUGUCAAGCAACAUUAGGUAUUCAGUUAUGUAGUCUAUUGCCAUGUAUUGCAUACUUGUCAACUUUUAAGAGCUAUGAACUUCAACUCCUAGAGUUCUUCAGCUAGUAUUCUGGAUGGGGAAUUCUGGGAGUGGAAGUCUGCACAUCUUAAAGCCAGCAAUUUUGAAAAACAUAGAUCUAGUAAGAAGUUGUUAAUACUACUUUAAAUUUCCAAAGUUAGCAUGUAAUGCAGAAUUUGCUACUACCGUAUUCCAAAAUGUUUGGUAUAUAUAAAAUUAGUCUAUAACAUGAAUAUUUGUGAAGGAUAUUGUUAAAUGCAUUGAAUUUCAGCUAAAAGCUCGUUCUGU